AUGGGGUUGUCAACCUUGAAGAGAAUUUUCUCACUUGUUUCCCUAGUCUUGUUUGUUGUUAUGUCACAAUAUUCUUCACUUGAUGUUGCCUCUGAUUCUACUCAAGAAGCACUAGCUCUUCUCAAAUGGAAAGCUAGCAUUCAAAACCAGAGCCAUUCUCUUCUGUCAUCAUGGACUCUUUCUUCUCGGAAUGCCACAAAUACUUCUACCCACCUCAAAACCAAAAUAAGCCCAUGUACCUGGUUUGGAAUCUCUUGCAACCAUGCCGAAAGUAUCAUUAGUAUUAACCUGACCAGUACAAGUUUAAAAGGUACGCUUCAUAAACUAUCUUUUUCAUUAUUUCCCAAUCUUGCAUACCUUGAUCUAAGUCAGAAUGAACUCUCUGGUUUUAUCCCCGCUCAAAUCAGCUACCUAACAAAUCUAGAGGUCCUUUACCUUUUUUCUAAUCAAUUGGUUGGCUCUAUUCCCAAAGAGAUAGGCAACUUGAAGUCUCUUUCGGAUCUAAACUUAGGCAUAAAUCAACUGAGUGGCUCUAUUCCUCCUUCCAUUGGAAAUUUGAGCAACUUAAAAUUGUUAUAUCUCAACAACAACAACCUUUCUGGCACCAUUCCUAAGGAGAUAGACAACUUGAAGUCCCUUUUGAAUCUGGCUUUGAGCAGAAAUCAACUGAGUAGCUCUAUUUCUCCUUCCAUUGGAAAUUUGACCAACUUAAAGUUGUUAUUCCUUCACACCAACAACCUUUCUGGUGCCAUUCCUGAGGAGAUAGGCAACUUGAAGUCUCUUUCAAAUCUAGACUUGGGCAUAAAUCAACUGAGUGGCUCUAUUCCUCCUUCCAUUGGAAAUUUGAGCAGCUUAAAAUUGUUAUACCUCAACAACAACAACCUUUCUGGCACCAUUCCCAAGGAGAUAGGCAACUUGAAUUCCCUUUUGAAUCUAUCUUUGAGCAUAAAUCAACUAAGUGGCUCUAUUCCUCCUUCCAUUGAAAAUUUGACCAACUUAAAAUCAUUAUACCUCCAUACCAACAACCUUUCUGGAGUCAUUCCCAAGGAGAUAGGCAACUUGAUGUCUCUUUCGAAUCUAGGCUUGGGCAUAAAUCAACUGAGUGGCUCUAUUCCUCCUACCAUUGGAAAUUUGAGCAACUUAAAAUUUUUAUACCUCAACAUCAACAACCUUUUUGGUUCAAUCCCUCAUGAAAUUGGAAAUCUCUUGAAGUUGACCGACUUAGAGUUGUCUCAAAAUUACUUCAAUGGUUCUCUUCCUGAUAAUAUUUGCCGAAGUGGAUCACUUACGCACUUUCGCGUUAGUGAGAACCAUUUGUUUGGCCAUAUCCCCAAAGAUUUGAGAGAUUGCACAAGGUUAAUCAGAGUUCGGCUUAACAAAAACAACUUCAUUGGAAAUGUUUCUGAAGAUUUUGGCAUCUAUCCAAAUCUAAAUUUCAUAGAUCUUAGCCACAACAAAUUUUAUGGUGAAAUCUCAUCUACCUGGGGAAAGUGUUCACAGUUAGGCACUUUAAAUAUUUCAGGGAAUAAUAUUACUGGGAGCAUCCCGCUUGAGAUUCAAAACUCAACUGAACUACAUGAACUUGACCUUUCUUCAAAUCAUUUAAUUGGAGAGAUUCCAAUGCAAUUUGGAAAGUUGACUUCUCUUAACAAGCUUGUUCUAACUGGGAAUCAAAUUUCUGGAGGCAUACCUCGUGAAGUUGGCUUACUCAAAGAACUUGAGUACAUUGACUUGUCCACAAAUAGAUUAAGCAAGUCAAUCCCAGGAGAUUUAGGGUACUUGUCAAAAUUGUACUACUUGAAUUUGAGAAACAAUCAGUUUAACCUCGAAAUUCUGUUCCAAUUGGGGAAUUUGUUUCAACUGUCAGAACUAGAUUUGAGUCACAACUUACUCAAAGGAGAGAUACCAUCUCAAUUAUGUAACUUGGAGAGUCUGGUAUAUUUGAAUCUUUCCUACAAUAAGCUUUCUGGCUUAAUUCCAACUUGUUUUGAAGAUAUGCAUGGCUUGUCAAGUAUUGACAUAUCUUAUAAUGAGUUACAAGGUCCAAUUCCCAACAACAAAGCAUUCAGAGAUGCUCCCAUUGAAGCAUUACAAGGGAAUAUAGGAUUGUGUGGUAAUGCUAGUGGAUUGACACCUUGCCAGGCUCUCAUAUCACACAAACACGUCAUAGGAAAGAGGUUGGUAAUCUCCUUUGUUAUUUCAGGAGCAUUUGCUCUUUUAAUUGUUGUGACUUUAAUGUUCUUUUAUUUCCAAAGAAAAAAGCAAGAGUCAUCGAAACAACAUAGAAGUGUGAACAAGGAUGAAAUUCUUUCGGUAUUAACUUUUGAUGGAAGAAUAAUGUAUGAAGAAAUUGUGAGUGCAAAAGAGAAUUUUGAUGGCAAGUAUUGCAUUGGGAAGGGUGGAUUUGGAAGUGUUUACAGAGCACAACUUCUGUCAAGGACUAUUAUGGCAAUAAAGAAAUUUCACUCCCUUCAGCUUGAUGUGAUAGAAGACCAAAAAGAGUUUUUAAAUGAAAUAAGGGUAUUAACAGAGAUACGACAUCGAAACAUUGUGAAAUUUUUUGGCUUUUGUGUACAUUCUCGAGACUCAUUUUUAGUUUAUGAGUAUCUUGAAAGAGGUAGUUUAGCCACAUUCUUGAGCCAUGAAGCUACAGCAAGAGAAUUGGAUUGGGGUAAGAGAGUAAAUAUUUUGAAAGGUGUGUGUAAUGCCUUGUCCUACAUACACCAUGAUUGCUUCCCACCAAUAGUUCAUCGAGACAUAUCGAGCAAAAAUGUGUUGUUGGAUACAGAAUAUGAAGCUCAUGUUUCAGACUUUGGAAUUGCCAAAUUUCUCAAUCCAGACUUAUCCAAUUGGACACAAGUUGUAGGCACAUAUGGAUAUAUUGCACCAGAACUUGCUUACACAAUGAAGGUAACUGAAAAAUGUGAUGUAUAUAGUUUUGGAGUGUUAGCAUUGGAAGUGAUCAAUGGAAAGCAUCCGGGUGAUAUCAUUCCUACUCUAUCCUCUUCUUUCACUUGGGAAAACUUGUUGCUAAACAAUGUUUUGGAUGAACGCCUUCCACUUCCUGCACCUACUAUUCAGGAUCAAGUGAUAGCAAUAAUAAAGCUAGCAAUUGAUUGCUUGGAUUCCAAUCCAAAUUCUAGGCCAACCAUGAACAUGGUUUCUCAUAUGUUUUGAGUCACAAGGGAUCUUCCCUAGAUGCCUUCAAACAAUCAAACCCUGGCAAUUGAUUGUGAGUAGAAUGUCUUCAACUUUGCAAAAGAAUAAAAUAAUUUGUGUUGUUUCUCUUUUGGAUAAUUGUAUGCAUUCAAUUUCUUA